AUGCAUGACCCGGGGAAGUGUCCUGUGGAGGAGUUCAACAACACGAUCCGCCAGUGGUGCGUCCCAACCAAGCAUGCGGGGAUGCUUCCAGAGAAGGCCGAGAAGAUGUCAAACUGGGACGCUCGCCAGGUUUGA